AUCAAUAAAUCAAUUUCUCUUUAGUUGUGGAGUAUAUAUUGAAAUGACGUCUGUUUUUAAAUCAACUCUGAGACCGAUUUUAAUUUUAUGCAAGAUUUUUGGUUUGAUUAACAUAUCAUAUACAUUUGAAUCUACGGGAUUAUUAGUCCAAAAUAGUACUAACACAACACAUUAUGCAUUGCUUGAAUUAACCCGAAUGUGCGCCUUGAUAAUGUUUACAUACAUCGUUUAUGUUAGAGGAUUUUAUUACAUAGUAUAUUUCCGUUUAGUUAAAUUCUGGAUUGUCAUUAUUACAUCAAGAUUAUCAGAAAUAUGGAUGAUAAAGUUAAUCAAUGAAAUUAUAGAGUUCGAUCAAAAACUAACACUUCUUUCACCAGCAUUCAUGGUUCGUCACCGUUCACUAAGUAAAAAGAGAUGGAUCAUUUCAGCGAUUUCGUUAUUUUUAUAUCUUCUUGGAUACGAAGUGUGUGCUUUAUACUUAUGGCAGCUGAAGACUGUAGAUAUUAGUACUGUACCAGUGUUAUUUUUUAGUAUGCCAUAUAUAACAGACUUUGUGGUUAUUAUCACAAUUUGUUUUUAUCUCAAUAACUUAAGCUAUAGAUUCCAAACAUUAAAUGAUUUCUGGAAAUGUCUUCCUACUGGAUUAAUUCCUAUCCAUGGUGAAUGGACACAUUCUGAAAUAGUUAUGUUGGUAGAAAGCAUUAGAUUAUUGCACGCUAAACUAUCAGAAAUAUUAAAAAUAUUCAAUUUAAGCUACGGCUUAUUGCUAUUAGGUUUCUUUGUAUGCAGCUUCAUAGAUUUUAUGUACAUAUUUUAUUUGAUGAUAUAUCAUGAGCUAGCUACGCCAAAAGUCAGUUUUACCCAAAAUAUUAUAAAAUAUUUGCCACUACAUUUGUUUAACAUACAAUUAAUAGUUUUUUUGAUAUCAAUCAUCGUUGCUGUUUCGUGGAUAAAAGAAGAGAAAAAUAGAAUUAUAUCAUAUUUACGUUCGAGUCGGAUUUCCAAUUUACCAGUUGACACAAAAAUACAAGUUAAAAUGUUUAUGAAUCAAAUAAAUAUUUUGGAAUUUGAUGAAAUAUCAGCAUUGGGAUUUUUCAAUAUCAAUUUAAAUUUAGUUGUUUCAAUACUCGUAUUACUAAUGACCGGAUUAGCGUCAUUGAUACAAAUGAGAAACCAUCCAAUUAUUAGUGCUAUGGUCAAUAAUACUCUAUCAUUCUACACAAUUUGGAAAAAUGAAAAUUCAAACGCCAAUCGUUCAAGAAAUAUUACACUCUUAUCAAAACAGCUUUAGAAGUAUACUCCACUUUUUACCUAAAAUUCAUAUUAUCUACGUUUAAAAACAACAUUACAAUCAAUACUUACUCUUACUACAAUACCUACUACUACUACUACUUACUUGUAA